GGCGCCUGGCUAGUGGUGCUGCUCCGCUUCCUCUAUCGCUACCCUUAUUCUGCAUUUGCACGCGAAAAAUAAUAAUAAUUUCAAACGCAGUGCAACGAGACGGAACUUGCCCCCUUCCCCCCCCGUCUCUCUUUUCCAAUCCUUACGUGCGUUUUUUUUCUCUCUCCCCUCCCCCCUCCCUGGCACACGCGCGCGCUAACUAUCUUUUUCAACAACUAUAUACCCCCCUCUCCUUUCACUGCUCUGGCGAAUAAAAAAUUAAAAAAAAAAAAAAAAAAGUUUUUUUCUUUUUGGUUUUGUUCAAUACCUCUGUGCUUGCAUAUAUAUACACGUACACGAGUGGUGUAUAAAAGUACGUGCUUUCCGGAGGGACGCGAGUGUCUUAAUCGUGCCUCUGGUGUUGCCGGAUAUCAUCGUCCCACCUCCUCCUCCUCUCUCCCUUCUCUGUAUAUAAAUACGCGUGCAUAUUGUGCACGUAAAAUAGGAACAGCAGAAGGUAGAAAGCCGCCGUGCUCCCUUGGAGGAGGUUUUGCCCGGGGUGUGCUGGUUGUACUCGAGUUUGGUGGGUUUUGACAGUAUGGAGUGCCUGGAGGCGCUGAAACGGGGCCGUAACUUUCGACUGCUCGCCGACGAUGAAUUGCCCCGGCUCCUGGACUUUCUCGACGCCUACCUGCCCGAGUCUCUCAAAUUCCACCAGACCCUGCUGACCUACAUGCGCAACAGAGUGUGGGAGUUUCACUUUUACGUAGCCAACGACUGGCCGGAAGUACCUAUGUGCCUCCACUUUCCCGGUAUGACACUGUCGUGCCACGGUCUGCUGUACGAAAGCGUGGGCACGUUUUGUCCGAACGACAGACUGGACUGCCUGCAGUUGCUGCGGGAGGAGGACGUCCUCGUUAACUGGGCCAAGCCACUGUACAUAAACUUCGUCCACUCGGACAUAGCGGAGGAGCUGGCGAGGCUUUACGAGGGCCACGGUAGCAUCGAGCGAGUCUACGGUGACGUCUGGGCCUGCGAUGAGCCCGAGAAAACGGAACAGUCCGACGACGAAGUUGGGCCUGACAACGUGGACGUGCAGGUGCUGCCACUGAGAGCCGAGCACGCCGAGGGUAUACACGAGCUCUACCCUGCGAACGACAUGGAGUGCCACGAGCUGUUUCUACGGCUGAUCAAAAAUCUGUCGGCUGCCGGUGUGUUCGCUAACGGCAGCCUGGCCGCCUGGAUGGUGCAGUCGUACUACGGUGCCAUGUUCUCGAUGCAGACCAAACCCGAGUUUCGCAGGAAAGGAUACGGCACCAAACUGGCGAGGUUCCUAACGAGAAGGGUGGCCGAGAACGGCUACAAGCCAUUCGUGGUGAUAAGACCGGAGAACGAGGCUAGCCAGAGCUUGUACAAAAAGCUCGGCUUCCGCAAGCUCUACACAAUAGUGCGGAUGACGUUUGUACCGCACACGUGGCAAGAACCGGACAACAACAACGACAACCGUGAAAACGGUAACGACGACGACGACAACCCGAUUCUCCUCAUCAACUCCGUGAAAAAGCUCAACUUGGAGCAGAGGAUCGUCGACGCGUUGCAGGCGACGGAAAACGGCAAACACGUGGUUGUCGACGAUGAUGAUGACGAAGACGAGGAGGAGGAGGAGGAUUACGCCAAGGUCGACGAGGUGUUGGAGCCGAUAGACGAGCGACCCGAGGAGACGAGCGAACAGCCGAACGUCGAUGGUAAUUAGGGUAUAAGUUGUACAUUUUUGACGCUUCGUUUAGUCUUCCUCCCGUGGAGGCCCGGAAAAUUUUUUUUUUCAAGCUUAUAAAGUACGUUCCUUUCGUUUCCAUGUUUUUUUUUUUCUAUUUCGACUUACAUGACGUAUGGUGUCGUUAUAGGCAUUUCUGUGGAUUUUUAUCGGUUCAGAAUAUUUUUUUCGUCACGUGACUAUAGAUUGGAAAGAAGGGAAAUUUCCAUUUAUUUAUUUUUUUCUUUUUU